CCUCUCACUGUCUCUCUCCCUCUCUCUCUUUCCUUCUUCCAUUGCCACUAAACGGCUAUUGAAGAAACGUUAUUCUUUUUUGAAACGCCAUGACCGCCAUAGCUACUGCUGGUGCUUUGUCUUUGCCAAUCUCUUUACAAAGAUCUUGCAAGAUUACUUCCUCUAAAAAGUUUCAGGCCAUUAAAAAGGGGUUUAGGGUGUAUGCUUUGUUUGGUGAGGAAAGUAGCUUGGGGGAUAAGAAGAGCCAGUGGGGAACUCUGUUUGAUGUUGAGGAUCCAAGGUCUAAAGUUCCGCAAUGUAAAGGCAAGUUCUUAGAUGUAUAUCAGGCCUUGGAAGUGGCUAGAUACGACAUUCAGUACUGCGAUUGGCGGGCUCGGCAAGAUCUGCUCACAAUCAUGGUUCUUCAUGAAAAGUUAGUGGAAGUGUUGAAUCCUCUAGCUCGUGAAUUCAAGUCUUUCGGCACCAUGAAAAAAGAGCUUGCGGAACUGCAAGGAGAACUAGCACAAGCUCACAAACAGGUACAUAUAUCCGAAACAAGGGUUGCUGCCGCUUUGGAUAAACUAGCUUACAUGGAGGAAUUGGUUAAUGAUAAGCUUUUAGAUGAUAGGACUGCAACAGAGUCCACUGUAGCAUCUUCUUCUAGUACAUCAACACUAUCUUCGGAUUCUGUGAAGAGGAAGUCGCCCCGGAAGAGCUUGGAUGUGUCGGGUCCAGUUCAACCAUAUCACCCGCGCUUGAAGAACUUUUGGUAUCCCGUUGCUUUCUCCACUGAUCUGAAGGACGACACUAUGAUUCCGAUCGAGUGCUUUGAAGAGCCAUGGGUUCUUUUCCGUGGAAAAGAUGGGAAUCCGGGAUGCUUCCAGAACACCUGUGCACAUAGAGCAUGUCCUCUUCACCUUGGUUCAGUUAACGAGGGUCGUAUUCAGUGUCCCUACCAUGGCUGGGAAUACACAACAGAUGGGAAAUGUGAAAAAAUGCCAUCCACGAGAUUACUUGAUGUGAAGAUAAGAUCAUUGCCAUGUCUUGAGCAAGAGGGAAUGAUCUGGAUUUGGCCCGGUGAUGACCCUCCUAAGGCAACCCUUCCUUCCUUACAGCCUCCUUCCGGAUUUGAAAUUCAUGCCGAGAUUGUUAUGGAACUUCCGGUUGAACACGGGCUACUUUUGGAUAACCUUCUGGAUCUUGCUCAUGCACCGUUUACUCACACUUCCACAUUUGCCAAGGGAUGGACUGUUCCAAGUUUGGUGAAGUUCUUGACGCCUGCAUCAGGUCUCCAAGGAUACUGGGACCCUUAUCCCAUUGAUAUGGAGUUUCGGCCUCCUUGUAUGGUGCUAUCGACCAUUGGUAUAUCAAAGCCGGGAAGACUGGAAGGACAAAGUACCAAGGAAUGCACAACACACCUUCACCAGCUUCAUGUAUGCAUACCUUCAUCAAGAAAUAAGACAAGACUAUUAUAUAGAAUGUCACUCGAUUUCGCUCCUGUGUUGAAGCACAUUCCUUUCAUGCAUUAUUUGUGGAGACAUUUCGCAGAGCAGGUCUUGAAUGAAGAUCUGCGACUCGUAAUAGGCCAGCAAGAACGUAUGAUUAAUGGCGCAAACAUCUGGAAUUUACCAGUCAGCUAUGAUAAGCUAGGAGUGAGGUACAGAUUAUGGAGAAAAGCUCUUGAACAGGGAGCUAAACAAUUACCCUUCAGCAAACCAAUGUAAAUUCCAACUCUAGCAACCUUCAACAUCCUUUCACACAUUGUCUGGACCGAUUCUCGACACUCUCGAACAUGCUUAGUAAGCUAUCUACCAAAAUCGAAGAUACAUUUUUUAAGGUUUGGCAUCGGCAUGGGAGGAGAACCAUGGAGAUCCAUCAGAAACAGAUGCAAGUUGGUCUCUACAGACAGACCUUUGUAAAAUAAUAGCCUGUACACUGCUCUUAUAGUUUGUGUGUACAGUUGAAACACAUUUUUUUCCCUCUGCCGGUAACCCCGGACCGGAGAGUUGAUCUGAAAAUUUUGGCCUUAGAUCAUAGAAGCCAAUGUUAUCAACUUGUCCUGUAUUAAAGAUCUUUGUAUUAUAGUAACGAUGUCUAAUGAAAAUUCGCAAGAUUUACAAUUGAACUACA